GCCUCAUAUUCCUAUUCUACUUAGGAAUAGCUUUACGUCCAAGUUUCAUUCAACCUUUGUUACUAUAUAUAGUCUUUAGACGUUGUCCAUCACCAUUAAUACUUGUGCUUUCUCCUCUCUUGUCCCCGAUAAUGGCUUCGACUUCUUCUUCUUCUUCUAAACUUCCUUCAGAAAUAAUUUUCGAGAUAUUAACUCGAACUUCGUUAAAAACAUUAGAUACAUGCAAGGCCGUCAACAAGCAGUGGCACAAUUUGAUUUCUGAAUCAAGUUUCAUGCCACAGUUUUGCGAGAAUAGUCAUAAUAUUUCAGGGUAUUUUGUUCAGUCUGUCCAGAAGCAAGCACGUGACCGAGUUCGUAUCGAUGAAUGGGUGUUCGGGGAAAACUCCAUUGUAUCUUCCAAUUGAAGCUAUAAAACCACAAGAUAAAAUUUUCAACUACGACUGUGACAUGAAGAUUGAAGCCUCUUCAAAACAAGGAAUAUUAUGUUGUCUUAGAAGAAUAAAGCACAAGUAUAGGUACUAUGUGUGUAAACCUAGUACCAAACAAUGGAUGAAACUUCCUAAUCCUAAGAUGCGUUAUUCUACUGUCAAAGUAGCUCUCAUUGUGCUGAAAUCAAACCCAUUACACUUCCAGAUAAUUAGGUUAUCGUCGCCUCGUACUGUUUAUCAUCAUUAUAUCCAUCUGGGACUCGAUUACUAUCGCAUUGAAGUUUUUGAUUCAGAAGCUUGGCAAUGGAGGAAAGGAAAAGAUAUAUUGUUCCCUCAAGAAAAUUAUGUUGAAAUGUUCACUCCAGCAAUUAAUGCAAGUGGUUUGGUUUAUUUUAAGUUAAGAAAAGAUGAUCUAGUGAUGGCUUUAAACUAUAAUGGAGAAGAAGCUUUUCCAAGAUUUUCACUUCCAAAACCUACAAUGGAGUAUAAAGAUUAUGGAUAUAACCAACUUGUGGAGUAUAGUGGGAAGUUAGGGUUUACUUGUUUGGCUCCAAAAGGGAUAGAGCUUUGGGUUUUUGAGAAUGGAAACCAAAGUUGGGAGUUAAAAAAGGAAGUUGAAAUUGAAAGUUUAAACAAAGUGACAAAAUUGUUGGGAAUAAAAAUAACAAUAACCCCGCCCAAGAAUAAUACCCACGGCAAAUAAUAAUAAUACAAGAGAGUAACAACGACACCAAGUAUUUUAACGGGAUAAAAUACAAUACCCCAGCGGAGCAAUAUUACUACUAUAAUAUUAUAACUUAGUAGUGUCAAGAGACUACUACAACUUCGAAAGAAAUAACACUCUUUAUUUUAAACACCUCACUACAAUAUUACUCUCACUCAUUAUUUAUCUCACAUACUACAAUCUGUGGAUUACUCUCUCUACGCUCUAUUGCGCUUUCUCUGCUU